CAGCGGGGAGUUGGGGCUUCCCCCUGCCCAUCCCUGGCCUCCGGCCCGGGACUGAAGCCACUUGAGCAAGCAGAGAGUCGUCACCUUGUCUUCGGUGCCUUCAGGGAGCGGUGGAGAAGGACAAGUGUGAUAACAGAAGUGAAAGAGGUUUUGUCUCCUUCGAAGAAAAGCUGAGAAACUAAAGAGUGACCAGUGGUUGGACUCUUGGCGGCGCUUACCCUGAACCUGAGUGUUAGGGGAGAGGGAAUCUGCCGUUGCGGUUUCUGGAGCUGCUCAUAAGCAAGAAUUCCCUAUCCUGAUCAAGGCUUUAAGCCUAAAAGAAAGCAGAAAUAGGUCAAGGGCAGCCCAGGUGCCCAAUUUCUCUCUCUCUUCACAAGGCACCACCAGCAAUAGAGAUGAGAAAUUCUGAAGAACAGCCAAGUGGAGGAACCACAGUGUUGCAGCGUCUGCUACAAGAGCAGCUUCGCUAUGGCAAUCCUAAUGAGAAUCGCAACCUGCUUGCCAUACACCAGCAAGCCACAGGGAAUGGCCCUCCUUUCCCCAGUAGCAGUGGGAACCCAGGCCCUCAGAAUGAUGUGUUGAGUCCCCAAGACCACCACCAACAGCUUGUGGCUCAUGCUGCUCGACAAGAACCCCAGGGGCAGGAAAUCCAGGCAGAAAACAUCAUCAUGGAGAAGCAGCUCUCCCCUAGAAUGCAGAAUAAUGAAGAACUCCCAACCUAUGAAGAAGCCAAGGUCCAGUCCCAGUACUUUCGGGGCCAACAGCAUGCCAGUGUUGGAGCUGCCUUCUAUGUCACUGGAGUCACCAACCAGAAGAUGAGGACCGAGGGACGCCCAUCGGUGCAGCGGCUCAAUCCUGGGAAGAUGCACCAGGAUGAAGGACUCAGAGACCUUAAGCAAGGACAUGUCCGCUCCUUAAGUGAACGACUAAUGCAGAUGUCACUGGCCACCAGUGGAGUUAAGGCCCAUCCACCUGUCACCAGCGCUCCCCUCUCCCCACCACAACCCAGUGACCUCUACAAGACUCCCACAAGUUCCAGUGAAUUCUACAAGGUCCAGGGGCCACCUCCCAGCCAGCAUAGCCUGAAGGGCAUGGAACACCGAGGCCCCCCACCAGAGUAUCCCUUCAAGGGCAUGCCACCCCAGUCUGUAGUGUGCAAGCCCCAAGAGCCAGGGCACUUCUAUAGUGAGCAUCGUCUGAACCAGCCAGGGAGAACAGAGGGGCAACUGAUGAGGUAUCAGCAUCCCCCUGAGUAUGGAGCAGCCAGGCCGGCGCAGGACAUCUCAUUGCCACUGUCGGCCCGGAGCUCACGGCCUCACAGCCCUACUUCUUCCCUCACGUCUGGGGGUUCCUUGUCCUUGCUGCAGUCUCCGCCAGCCACGAGAUUGUCUCCUGCCCAACACCCCUUGGUGCCAAGCCAAGGAGACCACUCAGCUCACCUGCCUAGGCCACAGCAGCAUUUCCUCCCGACCCCGGCUCACCAGAGCGAUCAUUACCGGCCGCCCCAGCCCGGCCUGAGCCCGCCGCAGCCGCACCACCACCACCACCACCAGCAGCCCCAGCCGGGUGAAGCCUAUCCAGCUAUGCCCCGGGCUCAGCAGUCCUCCGCCUCCUAUCAGCCAAUGCCAGCGGACCCGUUUGCCAUUGUUUCCAGAGCCCAGCAGAUGGUUGAGAUCCUGUCGGAUGAGAACCGGAACUUGCGACAGGAACUGGAAGGAUGCUACGAGAAGGUGGCGAGACUGCAGAAGGUGGAGACAGAAAUCCAGCGUGUCUCGGAGGCAUAUGAGAACCUUGUAAAAUCAUCCUCCAAAAGAGAGGCCCUGGAGAAAGCCAUGAGAAACAAGCUUGAGGGUGAAAUUCGAAGGAUGCAUGACUUCAACAGGGAUCUGAGAGAGCGUCUAGAGACUGCCAACAAGCAGCUUGCGGAGAAGGAAUAUGAGGGAUCAGAAGAUACCAGAAAAACCAUCUCUCAGCUCUUUGCAAAAAAUAAGGAAAGCCAGAGGGAGAAGGAGAAGCUGGAGGCCGAGCUGGCCACUGCCCGUUCUACCAAUGAGGACCAACGGCGACACAUUGAAAUCCGAGACCAGGCCCUGAGCAACGCCCAGGCCAAGGUGGUCAAGCUGGAAGAAGAGCUGAAAAAGAAGCAAGUGUAUGUGGAUAAGGUGGAGAAGAUGCAGCAAGCCCUCGUACAGCUCCAGGCAGCAUGUGAAAAACGCGAGCAGUUGGAGCAUCGUCUCCGGACACGGCUAGAGAGGGAACUGGAGUCCCUCAGGAUUCAGCAGCGCCAGGGCAACUCUCAACCCACCAACGUUUCCGAAUACAAUGCCACGGCGUUGAUGGAGCUCCUCCGUGAGAAGGAGGAGAGGAUCCUGGCCCUGGAAGCCGAUAUGACUAAGUGGGAGCAGAAGUAUUUGGAGGAGAACGUGAUGAGACAUUUCGCUCUAGAUGCUGCCGCAACCGUAGCUGCUCAGAGGGACACAACAGUUAUCAGCCACUCUCCCAACACCAGCUAUGACACGGCCCUGGAAGCUCGCAUCCAGAAAGAGGAGGAAGAAAUCUUGAUGGCCAACAAGCGCUGCCUCGACAUGGAGGGCAGGAUUAAGACCCUCCAUGCCCAGAUCAUUGAGAAGGAUGCCAUGAUCAAAGUACUCCAGCAGCGUUCCCGGAAGGAGCCGAGUAAGACAGAGCAGCUGUCAUCCAUGCGACCCGCAAAGUCUCUGAUGUCCAUUUCCAACGCCGGGUCAGGCUUGCUCUCACAUUCUUCCACCCUGACCGGCACCCCCAUCAUGGAGGAGAAGCGGGAUGACAAGAACUGGAAGGGGAGCCUAGGUAUUCUCCUGGGUGGAGACUACCGCGCUGAGUCUGUCCCUUCCACACCGUCGCCGGUGCCGCCGUCCACUCCCCUGCUCUCGGCUCACUCCAAGACAGGCAGCCGAGACUGCAGCACCCAGACGGAACGGGGAACCGAACCGAACAAAACCGCAGCUGUCGCUCCAGUCUCGGUUCCCGCGCCGGCCGCUGCCGCCGCCAUCACUGCCAACGCUGCCGCCAGCAGCGCCGCCGCUGCCACCAACAGCACCACCAUGGGAGCCGCCGCUCCAGCCGCCGCCGCCGCCGCCGCCCCAUCUCCGGCAACUGCUGCUGCUGCUGCUGCUGCUGCUGCUGCUCUCGCGGCUGCCGUUUCCCCAGCCGCCGCUGCUCAGCUUCCAGCCGCCGCCUCUGCCGUUGCCGCGGCGGCGGCUGCUGUUGCUCCCGCCGCGGCUGUUCAGGUUGCUCCAGCUGCUCCGGCUCCGGCUCCGGCUCCGGCUCCGGCUCCGACAGCGUCUCAGGCUUCUGCUCCGGCUCAGACUCAAGCGCCAAGUCCAGCUCCGGCUGUGGCUGCUCCUCCAGCUCCGGCUCCGGCUCCGGCUCUGGCGCCGGCUCCGGCUCCAGCUCCGGCUGAGGCUUCUGCAAGUCCAGCUGCCGGUUCUGGGUCGCGUCGUUUGUCUGUACCAAGUCUGACCUGCAGUCCGGAUAAGACAGAUGGCCCUGUUUUCCACUCCAAUACUCUGGAAAGAAAAGCUCCCAUUCAGAUCCUGGGACAAGAGCCUGAUGCGGAGAUGGUGGAAUAUCUCAUCUAA